CCACCAUGACGCCCCAAGAGUGAACACAAGAACUGACCACUGAAUAACAAUAUAUAAGCUCCGUGAGAGGUGCCUCACCAUAACCACUUUCUUCUCUGCCUCGAGAGAAGCCACCAGCAAUGAAACUCUACACCACAGUUAUCCUGGUCAUCGUCUGGCUUGGCGUCUUUGCUCUGCACAAGGCAGAAGGGAGCAUUGCAAGUCAGUCAAUGCGCAAAUUCUCCUGUGUAAAUCUGUCUGCACAGAAAGUGGACAUCAGAAGCAUUGUCAGCUAUGAAAAGCAGAAAGUUCCAGUAGAAGCUGUCAUGUUUAUCACCACAAAUGGUAUCAAGAUCUGUGUGCACCCAGACCAGAAAUGGGUGCGGGGAGCUAUGAAAAGAAUAGACCAAAGACGUACUACCAGAAGAAGAUAAUCCUGUCCUUGGCAGGCACCUGAGGCCAACAAAAUGGAAGAGUCAUCACUGCCACAUACAACAGGGAAGAAAGCCUUGGUAUCCACUUGUAACUCCUACGGGCAAUAAAUUCUCUGAACAAAAAUGGACUUGCUGGAAUCUAAUAAUCACUGGUUGAAUGUCUGCUGACUUCUUCAUGUUAUAGCUGGACUCUGUUACACCACUUACUGUCUGAAAUGCUUGUCAAUAUUUAUUUACAACUGAAUGUAGGUAUCUUCUCAUCUUUGCUGUCAUGACUAGUAUAGGAUUUAAGGGUAAGCCGCAGAUGGUUUCACAUGUUUUAGGGAAGAAAAUUACUUCUCACAGAGAUGGAAAAGAGUAGCCCUCCAGAAUGAUGGGGGGCCAAUGUUCUGCACUGUGUGCCAAGAUUCAGAAGACUCUAUAUGAUUUUAUGGUUACUCAAACUUACAUAAACUAUAAGAAAUAGUGUCAGGCAAUCACCUGAGCAGUGGAGUAUUCAGAAGGAGAUCCUUGGGCUUUCUAUUCUUACAUGUAGUAUUGUACUGUUGGCUCUGAUUUUAGACUCAGGUCAUGGUGAUAUAUGCAAACUUUCAACAAGGGAUGACUGGAGCAAAUUUAGGGCAAGUUUAAGAAUGCAAUGCUAUUCAGACUCGUACUUGGGAAGACUUAUCCUACUCUCGACAUUCAUUAGGUUAUUUCAGUUACAUCUUCAUUUGAAACAGAACUCGGGAAAAAUAAGGAAUCUUGGAAUAAGCAAGAACAAACCGUGGCUGGAGUCAGUGCUUCACCCACUCAUAUGAAUUUCCUGCCCAGAAAACAAAGUAUUUGUACAUGUCUACUGAUGUUUUAAACUCAAUAUAUUCUACUAAUGAAUUUCAAUACUUUUAAUAAAGUUACUCUAAGCCUCAAA